CCGCUGUGCCUGAUUUGAGGCUCUCCGUCGAACUCAUCCCUCUCAGGCAGUUACAGAAUACGCUCAAACCUUGAGCAGCGAUCUUACUGAAUCGGAAGACACGUCCGCAACGAAGUAAUGACGAACUCGUGCUGAUAUGAGUCCAGUGACUUGGCUGACCAGCUGUACCACAGACUACUCGAAGCACUCUACGUUCUGGACUCCUACCGUGUUGUCAUCAUGCUGAGACCGCCUUCGAUGAUGUGGCACGACAUAGCACGCUGCGCAACACCAGACAGCAAAUUGAUGCAAACUGUUCUAGCUUCUACCAGCAUUGUCGAUGGAAACGUCCAUGUCCAUGGACUCCCUUCGACCCUGACUGCAUUAGCUUCACUUGCACCUCAUUUGUGGUCAGGACUUCGACCAUGCCGGGAUUCUGACGGUCGCGGCGUACUGCCUACGCUUGCGAGUCGUCUCGACAGACCGGAUUUCGUGGAGCUGGCUCUUGACAAAUGUGCGCAAGUGCAACAUUUGGAACAUUGCAAGAGCCUGUCUGACCUCUCUCUGUACCACGCAAUGUGCAUUAUGCUCCACACGGGCCUCAUCGUUCUGCAGACCCUGGUAAACAUCAACCGCAGCUCCGCUCAAGCCGAUAGCCGGACCGCUGCUGCACCGAAAAGCAUCAACACUUGGCUGAAAAGUCGUGAACACCAGAUUGCCUGUUGGCAUGCGGAGAGGUUAUUGACCGCCGCGGAGAAUCUCCUGCCAUCCAGACAAGUGGACUCGAGACAACAGAUUGAGGCACUCGGAGACCCGCAACACGCUCAACACGAAGCGCCUCACAUACCGUACGCGAUUUACUACGCAACACUAGUUUUGUAUGUCAAGGCUGCGUUUGGUGAUUCGGAGCUUUCACCGUCGCAGGUCCGAGUACCAAUCUUGAGAGGCGAAAGGGUAUUGUCUCUCCUUCGAGCACAGAUAGCAAAAUCGCUAGCUCGAGUAGUGCGCGAGAUUGGUGAUCUACAUAUCAAGCAAUGAGGUCGCAAGUAAUAGAAACCCAAACUUGGUUACGUGUCAG